AUGUAUGUUGUGAUUGCAUUAUCUAUUUUUACAAUGUUUCUAACACAAUAUGAAGUUGGAGAAUUUAUUGAAAAUCCUGCUUAUUUAAAAGAAGGAUUAUAUUUCUUAUUCUCCCCUCUGUGAGCGAACAAUUGGAAAAAUCGGUAUUUUUUUGGGUAAAAACCACCCUCCAUUAUCAAACAAAAUUUUUUUUUAAAAAAAAUUUGAUAUAAGUGAUAAAUUUUUACAAAUUAGAUUUAUUUUAAAUUUGAAAAAAAUUUAACCAAGCGAGAGAACAAAAUGUUUUUGCUCACUCACUGACAAGAGUUAGGAGCUGCUCAUGUUGGUUUAAUUUUGCAUUAUCCUAAUAAUGUAGCAGAGGAUAAGUAUAUAGUCCUGAAUACAUUUGGGGUUUAUCUGCCAAUUUUAAUUAUUAGAAAUUUAUGGAGCUGCUUUGUUUAA